CAGGCUUCCAAAGACCGUCAGUUUGCUACCGUUGAACGUUUGUGUUGUGUGCGAUGGUAGUGAGAUGAAGUACAAAAAAUACCUAUUGGAGAGAAAAAACAUUCCACGAACAACACAACAUCGGUGGAGAAGACAAUCCCACCAUGUUGGAGUGAGUGGACAACAAAAUUCUUUUGCUGAUAUGUCACAGGAUAUUGCAACACAGCAGAACCAGACUUCAGAAUCAGAAGACCAGAAUCCUUUUGUUACCAGCAGACAUGCAGAGACAUUCAGUCAGAUUAUUGCAGAUGUUGAAGAAAAACAAGAGAAUCUGGAUGCACCUGAUGGGUUCUUGCAGGCUUUUGCAGAUGUUGAUGAAAAACCAGAUGAUCUGGAUGCAUCUGAUGAUUCCUUGCAGCAACAAGUAAAGGAAUCAACUAUACCUCAUGAUUCAAGCAUCCUACACAGUAAAGUGGAGGUCCAACAGAACAUGACUGACUAUGUAGAAGAAUCAAGUGAUGAGAUCCAACAGGGCGAAGGCAUUACAGGGGAUGAAAUUAUGGAGAAAACCCCCAGCAAUGAAAGCCAUGUGCCUCCUUUAUGGGCAGUGCCAGAAUACAGUGAGAAAGCACUACAUGAACAACAAAGAAAUGAACAUGAGUUGCUCCUUCUAGCUCUAAAAUGCAAACAUGGUUUGACUGAUGAAGCAUUAGAAGACAUAUUUAAAGUCAUAAAUGUUAUCACUGGUGAACACUCAGUGUCAACUUCUAAACACCAUUUUUACAAAAACAUGUCUGAUUAUAAGGACUACAUUGUUAUCAAGCAUUUCUGUUCAGAUUGUACUCUCUUAAUGGAAGAAAAAGAUGAAAGUGUAGGUUGUAGAAUUUGCGGCAAAGAAGUUGAUGCAAAGAAGCACAUGACAUCUGGAAACUUUUUUAUUGUUCUCCCUCUAGAAGCACAACUACGAAAUAUUAUUGAACAACACAAGUUACCACAAAUGACUGUCAAUAAAAAGGAUAGUGUAAAUGCUCACCUAAUUAAUGAUGUAUAUGAUGGUCUGCUCUAUAAAAAGACUUUAGAUGCCUUCACACCUCUGAAUGAUUGCCCCAACUUUUCGAUCACCUUUAGCUGUGAUGGUGUACCAUUGUUCAAAUCCUCUUCACAGUCCAUAUGGCCCCUGUUGUGCACUUUAAAUGAACUACCUCCCAAUCUGAGAUCUGACAAUAUUAUGUUAACAGCACUAUGGUUUGGGGCUAAAAAGCCUCCGAUGAACAUCUUUCUUGAGCCAUUUGUAAAGGAGUGCAUUGAUCUACAUGAUCGUGGCUUUGAUUGGGUUACAUCUGAUGGUGUAAGCGGUACCAGCAAAGUAUAUGCUUUAAUACUUGUAAGUGAUUCUGUUGCCCGUCCACUCUUACAGAACUUUAAGCAGUUCAAUGGGGAGUUUGGGUGUUCUUUUUGUCCCUUGUUGAGGAACCCUUGUUGA